AUUUUUGCAACUGUUAGGUAGCAUUCAAUUAGCAGUUGACAUUAGCGGAAAAAAUCUCCAUGUGGAUCAACCGAUCUGUCUUAUUUCCUCAAAUGUGAUAUAACGAUCCUUGGAUGGUGUGUUCUCUGCCCGCGGACGGCAACAUGACAGAAUAGGACCUGAUCUGCCGUCGUUGGAGGGAAAUGGCUUUUGAUCCAAGCGAAUCCUGCUACUACCUGGAGUCAGACUCGACCAGCCUCUGAAGGACUUGAGCUGUUUAUGGGAACUACUGCUGGACCGGCCCCCUUGAGGAUUUAAGAACUGCUCUCUCUCUCUCCCCACCCUCUUUGGGACGCCACCGUAGCUGAACCAGCAGGGAGGAAGACGGGAUGGCCAACAACUCAUACAGCGGGGUGAAGAACUCCAUGUCGGAGGCCAAUCAUGACGGAGCCUUUGGCUGCUCGCUCAAAGACCUCCGGGAUCUUAUGGAACUUCGGGGGGCGGAGGCCAUAAGCAAAAUAGGAGCAUCGUAUGGAGAUAUUCAAGGACUCUGUUCCAGAUUGAAAACGUCGCCUGUAGAUGGUCUAAGUGGACAGCCCGCAGACCUCGAGAAGCGAAAAGAAGUGUUCGGGGCGAACUUAAUACCUCCAAAAAAGCCAAAAACAUUUCUUCAGUUAGUGUGGGAGGCGUUACAAGAUGUGACGCUCAUCAUCCUAGAAGUGGCAGCCAUAGUCUCACUAGGCCUCUCUUUUUAUAGACCUCCAGAUGCCGAACGAGAUUACUGUGGGAAGGCAGCCGGUGGCGUGGAGGACGAGGGCGAGUCGGAGGCCGGCUGGAUCGAGGGUGCGGCCAUCCUCCUCUCUGUGGUGUGCGUGGUGCUGGUGACGGCCUUCAACGACUGGAGCAAAGAGAAGCAGUUCCGAGGGCUUCAGAGCAGGAUCGAACAGGAGCAGAGGUUUACGGUGGCCCGCGGAGGACAGGUCAUCCAGAUCCCUGUGGCUGAGAUCGUGGUGGGGGACAUCGCACAAAUCAAAUAUGGUGACCUGCUGCCUGCCGACGGCAUCCUCAUCCAGGGGAACGAUCUGAAGAUCGAUGAGAGCUCUCUCACUGGAGAGUCAGACCACGUCAAGAAGAACCUGGAAAAAGAUCCCAUGCUGUUGUCAGGGACCCAUGUCAUGGAGGGCUCAGGGAAAAUGCUGGUCACCGCCGUGGGUGAAAACUCUCAAACUGGAAUUAUCUUCAGCCUGCUGGGGGCGAGCGAAGAGGAGGACGAUGACGAGGAGAAGGAGAAGAAGAAAGAGAAAAAGAAGGAGAAGAAAAAUAAAAAGCAGGAGAGCUCUGUGGACCGUAAGAAAGGUAAAGCCCAGGACGGUGCUGCCAUGGAGAUGCAGCCUCUGAACAGCAACGAGGGAGGUGAUGCAGAGGAGAAGAAGAAGACCAACCUGCCUAAGAAGGAGAAAUCUGUCCUCCAGGGCAAGCUCACCAAACUGGCUGUUCAGAUCGGCAAAGCAGGCCUGGUCAUGUCAGCCAUCACGGUCAUCAUCCUUGUGGGGCUGUUUGCUGUGGACACCUUCUGGGUCCAGGGGCUGCCCUGGGUUAAGGACUGCACCCCCAUCUACGUCCAGUUCUUCGUCAAGUUCUUCAUAAUUGGCGUCACCGUGCUGGUGGUGGCGGUCCCUGAAGGCCUACCCCUGGCAGUCACCAUCUCCCUGGCCUACUCUGUCAAGAAAAUGAUGAAGGACAAUAACCUGGUGAGACACCUGGACGCCUGUGAAACCAUGGGCAACGCUACUGCCAUCUGCUCUGACAAGACAGGAACUCUGACCAUGAACCGCAUGACCGUGGUGCAGGCCUUCCUCGGGGACAAACACUACCGGAAGGUUCCGGAGCCCGAUCUCGUCCAUGCCAGCGCCCUAGACAUCCUGAUUGUGGGGAUAGGGGUGAACUGUGCCUACACCACCAAGAUCAUGUCCCCAGAGAAGGAAGGCGGGUUGCCCCGCCAGGUUGGUAACAAAACAGAAUGUGCCUUGCUGGGCUUCGCCAAAGACCUGAAGCGUGACUACCAGGCCAUCCGCAACGAGAUCCCAGAGGAAAAGCUCUACAAGGUCUACACCUUCAACUCCGUCAGGAAGUCCAUGAGCACGGUGCUGAAGAACGCCGACGGAAGCUUCCGGAUGUUCAGCAAAGGAGCGUCCGAGAUCCUGCUGAAGAAGUGCUCCAAAAUCAUGACGGCCAGCGGCGAGGCCAAGGUGUUCCGGCCGCGCGAUCGUGACGACAUGGUGACCAAGGUGAUCGAGCCCAUGGCGUCCGAGGGCCUGCGCACCAUCUGCCUGGCGUACCGGGACUUCCCUGCCUCCGAGGCAGAGCCCGACUGGGACAACGAGAACCACAUCCUGUCCUGCCUCACCUGCCUCUGUGUGGUGGGCAUCGAGGACCCGGUCCGACCUGAGGUUCCAGACGCCAUCAAGAAGUGCCAGCGUGCAGGCAUCACCGUGCGCAUGGUGACGGGCGACAACAUCAACACAGCCCGUGCCAUAGCCUCCAAGUGUGGCAUCCUACUGCCCGGUGACGACUUCCUGUGCAUGGAGGGCAAGGAGUUCAACAGACGGAUACGCAACGAGAAGGGAGAGAUCGAACAGGAGCGUAUCGAUAAGAUCUGGCCCAAGCUGCGCGUGCUGGCCCGCUCCUCCCCCACAGACAAGCACACGCUAGUGAAAGGCAUCAUCGACAGCACCGUGCUGGAGCAGAGACAGGUGGUGGCGGUGACGGGCGACGGCACUAACGAUGGCCCCGCCCUAAAGAAGGCUGAUGUGGGCUUCGCCAUGGGUAUCGCAGGCACGGACGUGGCUAAGGAGGCCUCUGACAUCAUCCUGACAGAUGAUAACUUCUCCAGUAUCGUGAAGGCUGUGAUGUGGGGGAGGAACGUGUACGACAGCAUCUCCAAGUUCCUGCAGUUCCAGCUCACCGUCAACAUAGUAGCUGUUAUAGUGGCCUUCACUGGAGCCUGUAUCACUCAGGACUCUCCCCUGAAGGCGGUGCAGAUGCUGUGGGUGAACCUGAUCAUGGACACGUUUGCCUCCCUGGCCCUGGCCACUGAGCCCCCCACUGAGUCUCUGCUCCUGAGGAAGCCCUACGGCCGCAACAAGCCCCUCAUCUCCCGCACCAUGAUGAAGAAUCUGGGACACGGAGUCUACCAGCUCACCAUCAUCUUCACCCUGCUGUUUGUGGGUGAGAAGAUCUUUGACAUCGACAGUGGUCGGAACACGCCCCUUCACGCUCCUCCCUCUGAACACUACACCAUCGUGUUCAACACCUUCGUCAUGAUGCAGCUCUUCAACGAGAUCAACGCCCGCAAGAUCCACGGGGAGAGGAACGUGUUCGACGGCAUCUUCAACAACCUCAUCUUCUGCUCCAUCGUGUUCGGCACCUUCAUCAUCCAGAUCGUCAUCGUGCAGUUUGGAGGCAAGCCGUUCAGCUGCGUGGGGCUGUCCAUCGACCAGUGGCUCUGGUGUGUGUUCCUGGGCUUCGGCUGCCUGCUGUGGGGCCAGCUGAUCUCGUCCGUACCGACCAGCCGUCUGAAGUUCCUGAAGACUGCGGGUCACGGCACCCAGAAGGAGGAGAUCCCUGAUGAGGAGCUGGAGGACAUGGAGGAGAUGGAGGAGAUAGACCAUGCAGAGCGGGAGCUGCGACGAGGGCAGAUCCUCUGGUUCAGAGGCCUCAACCGCAUCCAGACUCAGAUGGAUGUAGUGAGUGCGUUCCAGGGUGGAGCUUCCUUUCAGGGGGCUGUGAGGCGCCAACCCUCCAGCGCCAGCCAGCAGCAGCACCAUAUCCGGGUGGUGAAUGCAUUCCGUAGCACACUGUCCCCCUACGAGGGUCUGGAGAAACCUGAGUCUCGUAGCUCCAUCCACAACUUCAUGACCCAUCCGGAGUUCCGGAUCGAGGACUCCGAGCCCCACAUCCCCCUCAUCGACGACACCGACGCCGAGGACGACGCCCCCACCAAGCGCAACUCCGCCUCCCCGCGCAACGCCACGCCAACCCCGCCUCCCUCCACCCAGUCACCCACCCCCGACGGGGAGCCGGCCGCACCCCCCUCGCCGGCCGCACCCCCCUCGCCGGCCACGCCCGCCUCGCCCAACCAGAACAAUAACGCCGUGGAGAGCGGAAACCACCUCAUCCCGGACGCGGGGAAGUCGGAGACGCCGUCUGCCCCCGAGAGCCCCAUACACAGCCUGGAGACGGCCCUCUGAUCCUGCCCUCUCGUCCAGCCAUCAGCACUCUGACCAGCCCCACUCAGCCACCCUCCCUCCCCCUCCCGGAGCUCGCCUCGGAGGGAGGAGAGACGGAGGGAGGGGAGGGGUGGAGAGGAGACCUCCAGAGUCUUCGGUGAGCUUAGCUUUUGCAGGACGAAAAAACGAAAGCAAACAUUCGUGAGAAUGUAAGGGUCUUUAUUUCUUUGUUCCUUUUUUUUUGGUCUCUUUUUCUUAAAUCCUCUUUGGCGACACGAGAGGCCUCUGCCUCCAUUCCCUCCUCCAUCAGGCGUUUUCUCUGCGAAAGAGGGCUGAUUAUAAACUAGGAUUGAAAGUGACCUGUUUUUUGUUUUUUUUGUAUUAUUAUUAUGUUAUUUUAAUGAGAAGGAGAGGGUCCUUACUGUGGCUUGAAGAUCAGCUGUAUGAAUUUUAACCUUAUGACCUUUUGAGCUUCUUCUCUUUAUCUGAAUGGUGUUGUAUAUUUAUCUCAUUGGCCCUUGUUCAUUCAGAAACUUCUGCUCUCAUUGGCUGUUAAUAUUUUGAAUUAUUUAUGUUUUUGGAAAAAGCAGGUCUGUUUACAAAGUUUGUAGAUACUUUUUUUCUGUUUGUUGGCAAAAGAGCUUCCUGGUGUGUGAUGCAGAGAAACGUGGGCGGAGUCAGAGUGGAAUGGGCGGACUGUUUCAGUUACUGCUGUAUUUUCAGGAAAAAAGGGUGUUUCUAUUGAAACUGAACUAUUUUGCCUGCAAGUUUUAUUUGUUACAUAUUUGUAGAUAGAACCUUCUAGCCAAACAGAUAAACACUAAGGCUUAUAUAGCAACAAACCCAUGUGGGGGGGGGUGCGAGUGUUCCGACAGGAUAGAGCAGAGGUUAAAAGAACUGGGUGUCUGUUAAUUCACCUUUCUAUAAAUAUAUACAACUUUGCUUUAGCAGUUGAAAGUUUCGUUUUGUCGCAUUCGGAAGCUGGUGAAGUUUUGUUUCACGUUUCAUCCAUUCAAAGAGUCAAGGAGUGUUUUGGAUUUAGUUUUUUAUUUUUUUUUUUUAUUCUUCACAUGGAGAGUUUUGUUCAUGAAGGGAGUUUGGAAGACAGUUGAUCAUCACAUUGAGAAUCAUUUCUGUUAUUCUUAUUUUCUUUUCUGUUUUUUUUCUCAUCUGUUUUUCUCACUCAGCGAAACUUCAGUCCCUGCCAAUGUACAAUAUCAACAUUUGUUUACUCAGGCUUUGAAAAGGAAUUAAUUUGAAAGGAUUCUAUAAAUUAAAGAAAGAACCUUUUAACUUCAAAUUGUAUGUCUUUAGGUAGUAAAAUGUUGUCUUGGUCAGAAAAAGCAAGUGGAUUAUUUUCAUAUUUUAUUUAAUUCUCUAAGUUUUCUUUUAAAGAAAACUUACAUUUCCCCUCAAGAGUUAUGGUUUGUUGACCUUUCAAAAAUCUAAAACCCCCAAAAAAUAAGUUUGUAUUUUUCCUCCUUUCACAGUCAUAAGAUGUUGCUGCAUUUGAUUUGUUUGUAGACGAUUUUGACACCUGAUGUACUGGAAACACUUAAGGAUUGACACAUGCAUUUUUAAAGAAUAAAAAGGAAUAGGCAUACAUUGGUAUCUGCACAGGGUACUUUAUUUCCUAACUCGUCCCUUACGAAGAUUUUGAUACAAACAAACCAUAACAAAUUGUAACUUUUUGUAUUUUUAUGAAGAAAAUAAAAAACUAGUACCGGAAUUUUGGGGAUUUGACACAAAUUUCGAAGAACGUUUCUGUAGGGGACGAUUUAAAAGGGGUGUGAUUUGUUCUGACAGGAAUAUUUUUCUCAGGGUGGCGAAUGGUUUGAAAGAGAAAGGGGGCUUUUGUACGGGCCAGGGGUCAGAAAACAAACUCUCUUUAUGUUGGGAAUUAGCUUGUCUACCUAAGGGUUUGUGUUGGGAGAAAAUUCUGACUACCUGAAUAGCGAUCUCAUCUGCACUAAAGUAAAGGAGUUGGCCUAAAAAUGGGAACUGAAAUAAAGGGACACGUUCUGUAGUUGGUUCAAUCACAGUAAUAUUUAGAAGAAUACGUUGUUUUUCUUUGUGUUUUACAGGAUUAAAAAAAGCAGCUUGAGAUUGCAAAACAAAAAAUGAGAGAAAUGGAAAUAAAGAAUUUAUAUAAGAAGUUCAUUCUGUGGCUUCUUCCUGUAAUGGGAAUGAAUGUUUAUCCAUCUGUUUAAUGGAUUUUUGUUUCUUUUUUUUUUACAUUUGGAAAUAAAAAGUACUUAAUGUCUGUUUAUCUUGAGCAAUUUAAAUAGUUAUCGUGAUUGGAUUUACAUUUGAAACUUGUCGAGUAAUGUGUAUGGUUUUUAAAAAUAAAAAAUGAAUAUUUAGCCUACA